AGUAUUUCUGAGGAGCUUUGAGGUGUCGUGAGGGGCCUUGAGGGGUCGCGAGAGGUUUUGAAGGGGUCGUGAAGGACCCUGAGGGGGUCUCGGGGGUCGCCGCGAUGGUGGAGAAGGACGAGUCGAGCCCCGGGGGCAUCAGCGAGGAGGAGGCGGCUCAGUACGAUCGGCAGAUCCGGCUCUGGGGGCUCGAGGCCCAGAAAAGGUUACGAACGUCGCGGGUGCUCCUGGUGGGGCUGCGUGGGCUGGGGGCUGAGGUGGCCAAAAAUCUUAUCCUGGCUGGGGUCAGGGGGCUCACCCUGCUGGAUCAUCAACAGGUGUCCCCCGAGGAGGGCCGGGCUCAGUUCCUGAUCCCCGUGGGCUCCGUGGGUCGGAACCGCGCCCAGGCCUCCCUGGAGCGGGCUCAGAGCCUCAACCCCAUGGUGGAGGUGAGGGCUGACCCCGAGAGCGUGGACAGCAAACCCCACGAGUUCUUCACCCAGUUCGACGCGGUGUGCCUCACCUGCUGCUCCAGAGAAUCCAUGCUGAGGAUCAACCAAAUCUGCCACAAAAACGGAAUCAAAUUUUUCACCGGCGACGUUUUCGGCUACCACGGCUACAUGUUCGCUGACCUGGGCGACCACGAGUUCGUGGAGGAGAAGCCCAAGGUGGCCAAAGCGAGCUCGGGGCUCGAGGAUGGACCCGAAGCCAAACGGGCCCGGCUGGACCCGGCCGAGACCACCAUGGUCAAAAAGCAGCUGCAGUUCUGCUCCCUGAGGGAGGCUCUGGCCGUGCAGUGGCGAGGGGAGGCGGCGGCGGCCGCGCUCCGGAGAACGGCCCCGGAUUAUUUCCUGCUCCAAGUGCUGCUGCGGUUCAGGACCGAGGCCGGCCGGGACCCGAGUCCCCGCAGUGUCCCCGAGGACUCGGAGCGGUUGCUGCGCCUGCGCCGGGAGGUGCUGGAGGCUCUGGGGGUUGGCUCUCAGCUGCUGCCCGAGCACUUCCACAGCUACUGCUUCUCGGAGAUGGCCCCGGUGUGCGCCGUGGUCGGGGUGCUGGGCCAGGAGGUGGUCAAGGCCCUGUCACAGAGACCCCCCCACAACAACUUCUUCUUCUUCGACGGAGUGAGGGGCCAGGGCAUGGUGGAGUGCCUGGGACCCCCCCACUGAGGCACCCCGAAAUUGGGGAGGGGGUUUGGAGUGCCUGGGACCCCCCCACUGAGGCACCCCGAAAUUUGGGGAGGGGGUUUGGAGUGCCUGGGACCCCCCCCACUGAGGCACCCCGAAAUUUGGGGAGGGGGUUUGGAG